GCACAGCACCACUCAAGACAGGUAGCACUGCAGAGACAGGAUGUCACACAGAGUUGAUGACUUGUAAGAUUGCUGCUGUUUUCAGUUCCCCAUCCUCCGUGAGUAGUAAAACGGAAAAGCACAGACCAGAAAGAGGAGCCCCAGGAAACUCAGACUAUCGGUCUCUGACGCGGAGAGAAAGUUUGAGAAAACAAGUGAUUGUACACAGCAAACAACUGCUAGCGAGUGCAGAGAGAUGGCCGAGGUUUGCGCUCGCUGUGACCCAGAGGGCAGGAAGGUCGGGUGCAAGGGGCGGGGGCUCUGGCCAUGGGCCUGGCUGGGGCGGGCCAGCCGGCGGGGCAUUUAAACCACAGUCGCCAGUGUCGGGGACUCUGCCGGCUCCGUACCCUCCGUCGUCCCAGCUCCAGGUACCGGCCACGCAAGAUGCGGUCUUCCCUGGCUCCGGGUGUCUGGUUCCUCCGUGCCUUCUCUAGGGACAGCUGGUUCCGUGGCUUCAUCCUGCUGCUCACCUUCCUCAUUUAUGCCUGUUAUCACAUGUCCAGAAAGCCCAUCAGCAUUGUGAAGAGCCGCCUGCACCAGAACUGCUCAGAGCUGGUCAGACCCGGCAAUGACACCCACGAUCCCAAUGAUACCACCUGGUGCAGCUGGAGUCCAUUUGACAAAGAUGACUACAAGGAGUUACUGGGAGCUGUGGACAAUGCCUUCCUAGUGGCUUAUGCCAUUGGCAUGUUUAUUAGUGGGAUCUUUGGGGAGCGGCUGCCCCUCCGUUACUACCUUUCAGCUGGAAUGGUGCUCAGUGGCCUGUUCACCUCCCUCUUUGGCCUGGGGUACUUCUGGAACAUCCACAUGCUCUGGUACUUUGUGCUUAUCCAGAUCUGCAACGGACUUGUUCAGACCACGGGCUGGCCAUCUGUGGUGACCUGCGUUGGCAACUGGUUUGGAAAGGGAAAGCGGGGAUUCAUCAUGGGCAUCUGGAAUUCCCACACUUCUGUGGGCAACAUUCUGGGCUCCCUGAUUGCUGGAGUCUGGGUGAACCAGCAGUGGGGCCUGUCCUUUAUCGUGCCUGGCAUCAUCACCGCUAUCAUGGGCAUCGUCACUUUCCUCUUUCUUAUUGAAUAUCCAGAAGAUGUGGAUUGCACUCCUCCUCAGCACCAUGGUGACCCGGAGAAGGAACGAGACAACCCCGAGGAUCCUGCCAAUGGUCCCUAUUCCCAUAGGGAGAGUAAUGUGGACAUUGCAGUCAGCUCCUCCAAGGAGCAGGGCACUGAGCCGGAGGCCAUCAGUUUUCUGGGGGCACUCAAAAUUCCGGGUGUCAUCGAGUUCUCGUUAUGUCUGCUCUUUGCCAAGCUGGUCAGCUACACCUUCCUCUACUGGCUGCCCUUGUAUAUCUCCAAUGUGGCUCACUUCAGUGCCAAGGAGGCUGGGGACCUAUCCACACUCUUCGAUGUUGGUGGCAUCAUAGGUGGCAUCAUGGCAGGGCUCAUCAGUGACUACACGAACAGCAGGGCCACCACUUGCUGCAUCAUGCUGAUUCUGGCUGCUCCCAUGAUGUUCCUGUACAACUACGUUGGCCAGAGUGGAAUAGCCAGCUCCAUAGUGAUGUUAAUUAUCUGUGGGGUCCUGGUCAAUGGCCCAUAUGCACUGAUCACUACGGCGGUCUCUGCUGACCUGGGCACACAUGAGAGCCUGAAGGGUAACGCCAAGGCCCUUUCCACUGUCACGGCCAUCAUCGACGGCACUGGCUCUAUAGGUGCGGCUCUGGGGCCCCUGCUGGCCGGGCUGAUUUCCCCCACAGGCUGGAACAACGUCUUCUACAUGCUCAUCUCUGCCGAUGUCCUGGCUUGCUUGCUCCUCUGCAGGUUGGUGUACAAAGAGAUCCUGGCCUGGAAGCUGUCCCGGAGCAGAAGCAGCGGAUAUAAACAAAUAUGAGGCCUCAAUUGGAAGAGCAGCACCGAGGUCUCUGCUGGGGACCCAAAGUGCUCCCCUAUGAGCAAGAGACUGGAAACUUCCAUCACAAGGUGAGGCAAAGCCUCCUGAUCCAACCAGUUCAGCCCAAACCCACCCUGCCACUAAGGGCACAGAAGACUAUGGGAAGGGACUGCCUAGCACCAGGCCUGGGAAAAUGGAAGAUUUCAAGGCCUGGAGCUCAGGGAGCCACAAUCAGAAGGGAUAGGGCUGAAACCAGAAGGGAAGACAUGUUCAGACUCUUGCUUAUUUGGAUUCCAAGCAAGGACCAAGGCCUGGAAAAGGUGCCUAUCUCCUUCCCACGUUAAAUUAUAAAUAAUCUCUGUAAUCGGCCUGUAUCUAUGGGGGCAUCUCACCUUGCUCCAAAGGUACCGGGCCUCUCUCUGUCCCUUUGCCCAUGAACUGGUCUUCAUGUAUUUCCCCAAGUGGGCCCCUCGUACCUGCCCUCCAUUGAUGCUGUUAGAACUCAGCCACUUUGAAGCGUUAGCACUGCUCUUGCAGAGCCGAGGCUAAAGUGGAGCGAGGGAGCUGCCGUGAGUGCCGGAUGGAGGGGGACUCACUCCUGAGCAUCCCCAUCCUCAGAGUCCAGCACCCCCCACCCCGCCUCACCCUGAAGCUGCCUCAGUGGAUGAAGACACUGGGGUCGGUGCUGUGAGGACUGGGGGUGUCGGGCACAACUGAAAAUGCCGGUGUGUGUCAAGCACUGGGUGCUCCCUGCCUGGCAGCCCUCCUGUGGAAUGAACAGGAAAUGGAUCCGAAAAUGACUUAACACUGAGCAUAGAUGUCGAGUUAAGCAAGAAGCGAGUGUACCACUUGAUCCAUCCAAGUAACUGCUCCACUCCACGGCAGUUGCUUGGAGGCAUCUUGCAGCCCGCCUCUUACCUGGUGUUCUGAUGCACAUGCUCCUUCCACUCUGGGUCCUAGAUCAUGACAUGCCAGGCUGACUGCUGGCAUUUCCGCCUGACUUUUAAGCUGCCCAUCAGCACCAAUACAGAUUUGUUUUUGCCA